AUGCACACCCCCUGCAACGGGAAGGGUGGUCAGGGCUUUCGGGUGUUGCGCAUCAGAUCUCCCAAGCCCGACAACGAGGAAAUCGCGGCGAUAUUACGGAGUACCUCGCAAGACUUUGAGCAGUGGAUGGGGCGAUCCGAUGAACUCAUACACGGUCCUUUGGACAAUGAAUGCCCCACUACACAAAAACUGUGCCACCUGAGAAUGAUGAACGGCGACAUGGUGGUGGUUUUGGAGCGUCUGCACCUAAGCGCCAGCCCUUCUUUCCACUCCGGCCGCCGAUCAAGGAUUAGAGCCAUACAGAGAUGGAGAAAACAGCCCCCAAAAAGAUCCUCGAUGGCCCCUCUAGGAUUGAAAGAAAUGACAGACGCCUAUUUCGGCUCCGGCAGCAUGGGUGAUGUGUAG